AUGGAUGAUAAGAAUCAGACCAAAAUGACUGAAUUUCAAUUCUUAGGUCUCACAGAUAUUCUGCAUCAGCAGAUUGUCCUCUUUAUCAUGCUUUCCAUUGUUUAUCUUGUCACCCUGGGAGGUAACGUAGCGAUGAUCAUUCUCAUAUGGAUUGAUCUCAGAUUCCACACUCCUAUGUACUUUUUUCUCAGCCACUUAUCCUUUGUAGAUAUUUGCUCAUCUUCUUCCAUUGCCCCCAAGAUGCUGUGUGAUAUCUUUGUAGAGAAAAAAGGCAUCUCUUUCAUGGGUUGUGCCACACAGAUGUGGUGCUUUGGUCUUUUUGUGGCAACUGAAUGUUUCCUCCUGGCUUCCAUGGCAUAUGACCGGUAUAUCGCCAUCUGUAAACCAUUGUUGUACACACUCAUUAUGUCCCAGAGGGUCUGUGUGCAGCUGGUGGUAGCGCCUUAUGUUAUGGGUCUUAUAAGCGACAUGACCCAUACGACUUUUGCCUUUCGCCUGCCUUACUGUGGUCCAAAUACCAUCAAUCACUUCUUCUGUGACCUCCUACCUGUCCUCUCUCUGGCAUGUGCAGACACCCAGGUCAAUCAGUUUUUACUCUUCAUCUUGGCCGGAGCUCUAGGAGUGCUCAGCGGUGUGAUCAUCCUGGUUUCCUACAUUUACAUUGUGGUCACUAUCCUGAGGAUCCGCUCUGCUGAGGGGAGACGCAAAGCCUUCUCCACCUGCUCUUCACAUUUUUUGAAUUGA